UUUGAAAAAUGGCACCACCACGUGGACGUAAACGCGCGGCAGGGAAAUCAGAGGGCAACGACUCGGAAAAUGAUGCUGUACAAACCGCGGAAUCUCCCAAGAAAAGCAAGAAAGACGACGGUGGAAAUGCCUCGGCCCCGUCUGGCAAGAUUCGAGUGAUCAUCGAACACUGCCGUUCCUGACGAGUGUACGGCCGCAAUGCCGACCAGCUGCUGGAGGCAUUGCAGGCCGAGUUCCCGGAUCUUGGCGCCGAGAAGAACCCCAACAAGCCGCGCUCCAAGAGCUUUGAGGUCACUCUGGCGAAGGAGGACGGCUCUGAGGUUCUUCUCUGGACUGGCAUCAAGAAGGGACCACCCCGUAAACUCAAGUUCCCGGAUUCAUCGGUGGUGAUUGCUGAACUCAAGAAAGCCCUGUAAGAUGACCGCGUCAUUCCAGCCUUGUAAUCAGUAUUACUAGUCUCUUCACCAGUCUCAGACAGUGAUGUCACAAAGACAUGCUAGCAGGGGAAUGGGUGUAGCGCAAAUGACGGGAUCUAGCUCAAGAAGCCGAUGGCUUAGGCUACUUCCUUGAGAGAAGACUUUGCUGUAGUCUUUGCCCUGGUGGGAUGUCUUGCUGUCUGGCCGAGAACUCUGAUUGUUGGAAAGGUAUCUAUUAGUUGUUCAAUUAGUUGUUCAAUUCAGCAGAAGACGCUAUCAAAAGUCUAAAUUCACUGUUGAUCAACAAGUUCUUAGCUUAUACCACUGUAGUGAUAAAAUCUAAUGCCACAGUAGAUAGGAUAUGAAAAAUUAUAGAAAAAGAUGUAUCCUGAUAUUCAAGUGUACUCUUUGUGUAUGUUCUUUGCUUCUGGGUUUUUUGUGUGUGUUUUGUUUUUUGCUUUUGAUUUUGUGUUUUGGUAGAUUCAGAAUGGUAAGGCACAGUCAAAAGCUUCUCUCCAUUUCCGUUGUUUAAUAAUAAACUGGUCACAGCAUAACAUCUAUAAUUGUUUCUCAUGAGUAAUGAGUCGCUGUUGCUACCUAUGCAGUAAGUUAGUAACAGAAGAAAUUGUACUUGUACUCCAAAUGCAUUACAGAAAAGGCUUGUUUUUUGCUUGGAGAUAUGAACGCAGUCUUCAGCCAAAUCACACAGAAUACAUUUGGAAGAUGAGCCUUGUUACUUGCAUUAACAAUUUUAUUUCGUUGUUUCUUUUGUUCCUGCAUGCCUCAAUUAAAACUUUGAGAUUAAAAAUUCUGCAUCUUUUUGCAGGAAAUGAAACCAUCGUUAAUGUGAAAACGCUAAGCACAGUAUAUAAACAAUUCAACCUUCUUAUUCUAUGCACAAUGCUACUCUUUUGUACUGCAUGGUUGUUAAAAUAAAACUGAAUUUCGUAUUAAAACGUGGAAAAAUAU